AUGACGGAGUUCGGGUGGCGCCGGUUCAACUUUUUCGAUCGAACAAUUGUUUUUGAUAAGGAAGAUCCAAAACAGAAGUUUGCUGGUCUUAAAGAUGUCGCAGUCGAUUGUUGGUGCAGUUCUGGGGGAUCAGUUUAUCUGGGUGAAACGAAAGGAGGAAUUUUCCAAUUGACAAGUCAGUUCGGAGAGUAUUUCUGGAAAGCAUAUCAAAAAUCACUAGCAUCUCUUCAUUCAGCAGAUAAAUAUCUAUUUUCAAUUGGAGAAGAUGACGAUACAGUUAAUACACUUCUCAAAAUUUGGGAUCCAGAACGUGUCGAAAAGAACACACCUCAUGUGAUGCGAACUAUUCGAAUGUCUCCGUUAAACCCGGCAUCUGCUUCUCCUGCAUGCAGUAUUGCCGUUCAUUCAAGUCUUCAAGCAAUUGUUGUCGGUUAUGCUGAUGGAACUGUUCUGUUCUAUCACGGAGAUGUUUUACACGACAAAGGUCUCACUUCAAAAUGGAUACGAGUUCGUGAUCAGUCGAUUAGCGAAGGAGCUGUGACUGGAUUGGCGAUUGCUGCUCUACCUGGUUCUAAAACUGUAAUAUUUGUAAUCACUCAGAAACAUGUAUAUUCAUACGUCGUUGAAAAUGGAAAAACUGUCAGCUCUCCCAAAAAACACGAUGCGAAUGGAGCGACUGCAGAUUGUUGGACAUUUGAUGAGAGUACUGGACAGUUGAUUGUUGCCAGUCGUGAAAUGUUGUUUUUCUAUGAUGCUGAUCAAUGUAUCGACGUGGAUAAUGGAGAAAUCGGACGAUGUUUGCAAUUAGGAAGAGGUCAUGAGAAGUUACAGUUGGUUGCGAAUGGACAAUACCUUGCUCUUCUCACAAAACAUCAUUCAUUGAUUCAAAAAGAAAAGGAUUCUGAAUUCAUGACAAUGUUGAGUGUGUACGAUAUUAAAGGUCAAUAUGUUGGUUUUUCGUGUUCUCUGCCAAAUCUUUGUCGUCUAUUUACAACUGGAAAUACGAUGCUAAUACUGAGUCACGAUGGGCUUCUAUCUGAAUUGAUUGAAAAGAAUAUUGCUACGAAAUUGGAUAUAUUAGUAAAGAAAAACAUGUUCGAUGUUGCUGUGUUGAUUGCCAAAAAUAGCAAGGAUGGUAGUGAUUAUUUGAAAGGAAUUCAUGCGAAAUAUGGAAAUUAUCUUUACGGAAAAGGUGAUUAUGAGAAUGCGAUUCAACAGUACAAAGAAACAAUCGGAAUGCUUGAACCGUCUUAUGUUAUGAAGAGAUAUUUGGACAGUUCUAAAAUCAAAGAGCUUUGUAUCUAUCUCGAAUGCCUUCAUGAUGCGAAGAAGGAUAAUGAACAUCAAACUAAAAUUCUUAUGAAUGCAUACGCUAAACAAGGAGAGAAAAAGAAGUUGAUGGAGUUCGUGAACAAGAUUACUGACGGAUCAAGAACGGCAAGAAUGAGAGAUGUUUUCGAGAUUCUUCUCAAAUGGAAUUAUCUGCCUGAAGCCUCUCUUCUCGCAACAAAAUUCCAAAUGCACGAAGAUGCUCUGAGUGUCAUAAUCCAUCAUAUGCAUAAGUACACCAUGGGUGUUACAUACAUCUCUAAAAUGCCUGUGGAGAAUGUAAUUGAAAUGACUGGAAAGUUUGGAAGAGAACUUUUACUUCAUGCCAGAGACGAUUUGAUGCAUAUGUUAUGGGAGAAGAUUCGAGAAAAUACAGACUCCAGAAAUAACUUCAUGCGACUAUUCGAUAUUUUUAUGGGAGAUAUGGAUGCUACUCAAGUUUUUCUCAGUUACGUUCUCAAUCAGACGAAUGGAAAAGAACAGGAUAACUUCAUCCUUCUCAUUAUUGAAUACCAUAUGCGAACAUUCAAGGCGAAGGAAUGGACGGAGGAGCAACUCAACGAGGAUAUUUAUCGACACAUCAACAAAAGAAACGAGGAAACUGUUCUACAAAUGGCACAACUAUUCGAUUGCACUCCUGUUAUUGAUCAUAUUCUGAUGAGAUGUCAUAAAUCGAGAGAAUUAAUGAUGUACCAUCAAAAGAAAGGAGAUUUGAAAGCAAUCAUUCGUCUGUGUCAAAGUUCUUCUCUCGAAGAAAAGCGUCGACUAUGGCUGGAUGCUCUGACUUUCAUUGGGAAGCAUGCCACUGCAGACAAUGAACCGAUGAUUGUUGACCUAUUGAAAGAAAUCGAAUCAUCGGAGUUAAUACAUCCACUCGUUGUAUUGGAACUUCUCGCGAAAAAUGAGCACUUGACGAUAUCUUCGGUUAAAGAUUACAUUGUCGCUUGGCUUCGAAAACAGCAAAUCAUUAUUGAAGAUGACAGAAAUGCAAUAAAAGAGAACAAUAAAGCAAUGGGUGAAUUGGACACAAUCGUGGAGUCUCUCAAGUUCAAUGCUCAGAUAAUGCAAGUCACAAAAUGUUCAGCCUGUGACACUCCUCUUCAACUUCCAACAGUUCAUUUUCUCUGCAAACAUGCAUAUCAUGUUCAUUGCUUCGAAUCUUAUAAUACGGACGGUAGUGACAAAUGUCCAGCCUGCCGAAACACUCCCGAUAGUAACCUGAACGAAGAAAUUAGCUAUCACAAAUUUCAAAAAGAACUUUCUGAAGCCACCAAUGGAAUGGAAUUGAUCGCAACAUAUUUGCAAAGAGGACUAUUUGAUGAGAAAAAGGCAAAGAAGAAGUCAGAUGCGCGAAAGGAUCCAUUCAGUUCAUCAGGAAGGAUUUCUACGAAUACCAACCCGUUUGACGACGAUGAAGUCACAACAAUAUCCAGAACAAUGUCAACAGUAUCGAGUAAUAUGGCUCCAUCAAGACAAAGAUCCACUACCCGUAAAGACGAUGACGCGUCAAACCCAUUUUUCAAUUCCGAUGUUGGAAGUAAGAAGAACAGUUACGAUGAGUCGAAGAAUCCGUUUGGAGCCCCAACAACAUCUACUAACCCAUUUGACUGA